CUGCAAACAAAUCAGAGGAGAAGAAGAAUUCUUACUGAUGUAGCUUCUUGAAUUCAAAAGUUUGUGGACACUACUAGACAAAGUAAUUACAUGCAGACCCACCAUUUCUUCUGAUCUGGGUAGGAAAAUCAGUAGCAACUAAACUAGUUCGAGAGUAUGAUGCUAUCAUGUGAUGUAUGCAGUGGUCAGUGAAUUCAAGCCAACAAGCUGAACAUACAGUCAACGAGCUAACGUUAGCUAGCCAAUGUGGAGGUCCUGCCCUGUGUAACCUUACCACUUCAUUUAAUUAUUUAAAUCAAAUUGUCCGUCUAGGCAACUUUAACACACGUUAGACAAUAUAUAUACUCCACUGUGUCUGCUAGUAGGCUAAGCUAGCUGAUUCUGUGUCUGAUAGUUAUAUGUGUCCUGAUUGAUGAUGUCCCCGAAGGAUUGAAUGAGUAGGCCUAGCUGAGCUCUGUAGGUUAAAACUUCUUAUCUAUGAGAUGGCAUCAGAGAAGAGGGAGGAGAGGUGGGACUGGGACAGCCCUCGGUGUCGCGCACAACUAGAUGAAAUAUUUUUCCGCCAACAUGACUACAUCCAAGCUGGUAGUCAAGAGCACAAAGAUUUCUGGGCAUUCUUUGAGCGUUUCCAGCGGUUCAAAGCCAAGAGGCAGAUGUCAGGGUCAAAAGACAAUAAAGACAUUGACCCAAAGUGCAGCAAAAGUCGUAAGAGUGGGUCUGUAGACUUGGGAUUGCCCAAGGAAUAUGAUGCUCGGUACAGAAUCAGCACAUCAGUGUACACCAAGGAUGUGGAGGAGAAACUGGAGAGUUGUGGACAUCGACAACGACAAACUGCCUCAGGCCCAGGCAAACAGGAGAUCACAGACUGCCGCUUGGCCCUACUACAUUUCCUGGACUUCACCCAGAGGCAGAGCUUCAACAAGCUGGCCAAACUCCGUCAGGAGCAAAGGAAUCUACCUAUUUUCCAUUACCGAGACAGGAUUGUGGAGCUGGUGAAAGCCAACUCAGUGGUUGUAGUGGCAGGGGACACAGGUUGUGGAAAGUCCACCCAGGUGCCCCAAUACCUGCUUGCGUCUGGAUUUAAUAACAUUGCCUGCACACAGCCACGUCGCAUUGCAUGUAUAUCCCUCGCCAAACGUGUCAGCUUUGAGAGUUUGAACCAGUAUGGCUCCAAGGUUGGGUACCAGAUCCGCUUUGAGACCACACGUACACUGGCUACCAAGCUUCUGUUUCUGACUGAGGGGCUGCUGCUGAGGCAGAUCCAGCAGGAGCCGUUGCUGGGUCAGUACCAGGUGCUGAUAGUGGAUGAGGUGCACGAGAGGCAUCUGCACUGUGACUUCCUGCUGGGGGUCUUGCGAGCGCUCAUCGGCGCGAGGUCAGAUCUACGACUGGUGCUCAUGUCUGCCACCAUCAAUAUCAAGCUCUUUUCUGAGUACUUUCGUGGGGCACCUGUGCUGCAGGUGCCAGGCAGGCUCUUUCCCAUACAGGUGAUCUAUCAGCCCAUCCCUCCGGAGGAGCAGGUCUCCCGCUCGGAGAAGCUGGACCCACGGCCAUUUCUGCGUGUGCUCCAGGGGAUUGAUCAGCGGUACCCUCCAGAGGAGCGGGGGGACCUGCUGCUGUUCCUCAGCGGCGUGGCUGAGAUCUCCGCCGUGCUAGAGGCCUGCCAGGCGUAUGCCACACACACGCAGCGCUGGAUCGUCCUCCCCCUCCACAGCACCCUCUCGCUGGCUCAGCAGGAUAAGGUUUUUGAUAUAGCCCCCCCUGCUGUAAGAAAAUGUAUCAUCUCCACGAACAUAGCUGAGACUUCAGUUACCAUUGAUGGAGUAAGAUUUGUAGUGGAUUCAGGUAAGGUGAAGGAGAUGAGUUUUGACCCAAAGGCGAAGAUGCAGCGUCUGCAGGAGUUCUGGAUCAGCAGGGCCAGCUCUGAGCAGAGGAAAGGUCGAGCGGGCCGCACUGGGCCCGGGGUCUGCUACCGAUUAUACGCCGAGUCUGAUUAUGAUGCCUUUGCUCCCUACCCUGUCCCAGAGAUCCACAGGGUGGCACUAGACUCCCUGGUGCUUCAGAUGAAGAGUAUGGGCCUGGGUGACCCGUGCUCCUUCUCCUUUAUUGACCCCCCGCCUGCCUCCAGUAUCCAGACGGCUAUGACGUACCUGAGAGAGCAAGGGGCAUUGGAUGUCUCCGGAGAGCUCACCACCAUUGGGAGCCUACUGUCCCAGCUACCUGUGGACGUAGUCAUUGGGAAGAUGCUGGUGCUGGGGUCUCUGUUUAAUCUGCUGGAGCCGGUGUUGACAGUUGCAGCAGCACUUAGUGUUCAGUCUCCAUUUUUGCGAAGUGCUCAGCACAACCCAGACUGCUCUACAGCACGCCAGCCCCUCCACAGCAACCAUGGAGACCCCUUCACUCUCCUCAACACCUUCAACGCCUGGGUGCAGGUGAAGGGUGAGCGUGGUGGUGGCUCCAGGAAGUGGUGCAGGAGGCGUGGCCUGGAAGAGCAGAGACUGUACGAGAUGGUCAACCUGCGCAGACAGUUUAAGGUACGGCACACCCUUUGUGUAGUAUGUGUGUGCAUGUGCUUUUGUAGGUGGUUAACUAAUAACAUGAUCGUGUAUUCUAUCAGUUUGUCAUCUAUUGAGGUGAAAUUUAAGCUGCGUCACAAUGUUGACCAGCUACAGGAGGUGGCCAGUGCCAGUCAGGACCUCUCGUCGCGCCAGCAGGCCCUGCUCAAGCUGCUGCUGUGCCGUGGGCUCUACCCCCAGCUGGCUUUGCCCGACGAGCACAACGCCAACCGCAAGGACUCCGAGCAGAUAUUCCACACAAGAAACAAGCAAGGGGUGGUAAUCCAUCCCACCAGUGUGUUUGCCAGUGACCCAGAGGUGCUGCAAGUUCCUGAACAGGAGAGUAUCCAGCCUGGGGUAGAUAAAGGCCAGAGCAGUAGACACCAGCUGCUGGCCUUCGUCACUUUGCUGGAGACCAACAAGCCAUAUGUGUCCAACUGUGUCAGAGUUCCAGCACUGCAGGCUCUGCUUUUGGUGGCGAACUCUCUGGACAGUAAUGGCGAGUGCACGCGGCUGGUGGUUGACGGCUGGCUGGAGCUGUGUCUGGGGGACGGGCAGAGGAGCCUGGCCGUCCUCUCGUCUGCGCUGGAGCUGCGCGCCGAGUGGGAGCGCCUCCUGCAGGCUCAGCUCAGCAAGCGCAGGCCAUCCGCCCGGGACCUGGGGCGCCUGGGUGAUCGUCUGGUGCGCUUCUUGCUCUACACCGAGGUGAAUUACAGCGUGCGGCGCCUCACAUCUCUCCAGGCCCAGAACCUGUACGUGGGGCCCCAGCGGGACCCGGCUGCUUCGGACGUCCAGGCGCUCAGCUCCGUCUUCCCUGGGGUGGAGCCCAAGCCUGACCCCAUCAAGGGAGGACUUCGCGUCAGCAGCUACUUCACCUACAACUGCCUCAGCGACCCGACUGACCUUUACAGUGAGUGUCUGCGCACGUUUUGGACCUGCCCGUACUGCGCCCUCUACAUGCCCUUCACACCACUGGAACGCAUGAAGCACCAGACCACCUGCAAACCCCCAGAGGAGCAGACUGCGCAGGAGGACGAGGAGUGUGAAAGUGAGAAGGCCGCUGCGUCGUCUUCCUCUUCCCUGACUCGCCUCUACCACUGUGAUAUCUGCGACAAGGACUUGACCCUCACGUCCACCGAGAUUCUCAAACACAAGAGGCAGCACGCGAUCACAAGUUAAGAAAUACUGCUGCCAAACACUAUUGUGCGUCCAGGCUGCAGGUGGUUAAAGCAGAAGAAACUGGACCACUGGAUGCAACUGGGUGGAGAAAGUGUGGACCACAUGCCUUGUGUGAUGUUAUGUGUAAUGUUGUUCUAAAAUACAAGAAUAUGUUUUUUAAGA